AUGGAGAAUAUAAGCGUGCUAAUGACCUGCCCAAUGUCCGCUUACCUCGAGGAGGAGCUCGAGAAGCGGUUCACGCUCCUCAAACCCUGGGAAGCCCCUUCCAGAGCCGAAUUCCUGAACCGACGCGCUGGCUCGAUCCGGGCCGUGGUGGGCAACGCCAAGCUGGGCGCCGACUCGGAGCUGAUCGACUCGCUCCCGCGCCUCGAGAUCGUGGCGACCUACAGCGUGGGCCUGGACAAGAUCGACCUCGACAGGUGCAGAGAAAAGGGAAUUAGGGUUACCAACACGCCGGAUGUGCUGACGGACGAUGUGGCCGACGUGGCCAUUGGGCUGGCGCUGGCCUUGUCGAGGAGGAUUUGCGCCGCCGACGGGUUCGUGAGGGGCGGAUUGUGGAGAAAUGGGGGUUUUCAGCUGGCUACCAAGUUUAGUGGCAAAGCUAUCGGCAUAGUCGGCCUGGGAAGAAUUGGCUCAGCCAUAGCCAAACGAGCCUCGGCAUUUAACUGCACCAUUAGCUACCACUCAAGAACCAAGAAACAGAACACAGACUACACUUUCUACCCAAACAUACUCGACUUGGCUGCUAAUUCCCAAAUCCUAAUCGUCUCGUGCGCCUUAACGGACGAGACAAGGCACAUUGUCAACCGACAGGUCAUAGACGCGUUGGGGCCCACAGGGAUCCUUGUAAACAUCGGGCGUGGCCAGCACAUCGACGAGAAGGAACUCAUUUGGGCCUUGCACGAGGGCCGGUUGGGUGGAGCCGGACUCGAUGUCUUUGAGAACGAACCCAAUGUGUCCAAGUCGUUGUUCGGGCUGGAGAAUGUGGUUUUAUUGCCUCAUGUUGGGAGUGAUAGUGUGGAAACUAGUAAGGCCAUGGCUGACCUUGUUGUCUCGAAUUUGGAGUCCCAUUUUCUCGGUAAGCCGCUGUUGACACCUGUUGUUUGA